GCUCCCCCCGAAGGGGCUAUGUCCAAUGGGGUCUACGUGCCACCCAGCGCGGCCAACGGGGACGUGAAGCCGGUGGUCUCCACAACGCCGCUGGUGGACUUCCUCAUGCAGCUGGAGGAUUACACGCCUACGAUCCCAGAUGCUGUCACGGGGUAUUACCUCAACAGAGCAGGAUUCGAGGCCUCUGAUCCACGCAUCAUUCGUUUGAUCUCUUUGGCCGCACAGAAGUUUAUUUCUGACAUUGCCAACGAUGCGCUGCAGCACUGCAAGAUGAAGGGAACAGCCUCAGGCAGCUCCCGCAAUAAGAGCAAGGAUAAGAAGUACACGCUGACCAUGGAAGACCUGACACCAGCACUUGCAGAAUAUGGCAUCAAUGUGAAAAAGCCACAUUAUUUCACAUAA